AUGCUACAGGGCGAAGACACACCUCAAGAAUUCGUCCAGGCACUUCGCUCUGUCUGCAAGAGUCUCCCACUCAACUCGAUCACCCCAGCCAGUCCCGACGAGAUAUUCCAUGUCGAAAUCCAGGUCGACCCUAAAACACAAAAGGAAGUCGUUCUAUGGGAGGACAUCGUCCAGGCGUUUGAGCAUGCUGUGCAAGUCCGCCACAACCUCGAGCCUCGCAGAAUUGUUGCCGUGCCAAACACUGUUUUGGAUGUGGUUGUGAAUACUCCUUCGGCCAACAUGGAGGGGUCGUCUCCGAAGAAUCUGUCAGAGGAGUCAGUGCCAGUAUUGGCGCAGGAGGACUAUACGGCAGGCAAGGAAGAGGAGUUAGUGUUGGAGCAGGUGGACGAUACGGCUGGCGAGGAUUUUGUCAUUCAGGACGUCACCACUACCUCCACUGUACGACGUAAUCCAGUCUAUGGCUUGGUGGAACAGGCGAUGGAGAAUUACUCUCACAUCGAACGACCGCUUGCAUAUCCAUUCGCUCGAGGACCACACAACCUGUUGGACGACCUAUCGCCAGACUACGACGACUCACCUGCCCCUCCAAACCCAGGGAACGGUAACAACCCUCCGUCACGAGCACCUCAGAGUGAGACGGGACCCGAUACCCCAAGAGAGCAGAAAGAUUUGGUUCAGACGACCAUCAGUGCCAGCCAUGGAGACAAAGACGCCCAGGUCACAUUGGGCGAUGUGUACAGAGAUGGCAAAGGGGUCCCGCAAGAUUACCAAGCAGCUAUGGAUUGGUACCUGAAGGCAGCCGAGCAAGGAGAUCCUACCGGUCAAUAUAAGGUCGGGGGUUUGCAUUACUACGGCUACGGUGUCCCUCGGGACUAUUCGGCAGCCAUGAGCUGGCCUCUUAAAGCCGCCAACCAGGGCCACGCGCCCGCGCAGAGCAACGUCGGUUUUCUCUACCAACGUGGCGACGGUGUGCCCCAGGACUAUGCUCUGGCGAUGGACUGGUUCCUCAAGGCCGCCGAUCAAGGCAACGCAUCCGCUCAGUGCAGCAUCGGCACUCUCUACCAGCUUGGCCAAGGUGUACCCCAAGACUAUGAACAAGCGAUGUCUUGGUACUGCAAAGCCGCCGAUCAAGGCAACGCACUCGCUCAGUGCAACGUCGGCUCACUCUACGACCAUGGCCAAGGUGUACCCCAAGACUAUGAACAAGCGAUGAACUGGUACCUCAAAGCCGCCGAUCAAGGCAACGCACUCGCUCAGUGCAACGUCGGCUCACUCUACGACCAUGGCCAAGGUGUACCCCAAGACUAUGAACAAGCGAUGAACUGGUACCUCAAAGCCGCCGAUCAAGGCAACGCAUUCGCUCAGUGCAGCAUCGGCACUCUCUACAAGCUUGGCCAAGGUGUACCCCAAGACUAUGAACAAGCGAUGUCUUGGUACUGCAAAGCCGCCGAUCAAGGCAACGCACUCGCUCAGUGCAACGUCGGCUCACUCUACGACCAUGGCCAAGGUCUACCCCAAGACUAUGAACAAGCGAUGAACUGGUACCUCAAAGCCGCUAAUCAAGGCGACGCAGAAUCUCAACACAAUGUCGGCGUUCUUUACUUUCAUGGCCGAGGUGUUCCCAAAGACGAUACGCAAGCAAUGGAAUGGAUCCUAAAGGCCGCCAAGCAAGGACUUACGAUUUCUCAAGAAACCAUUGGGAAUUUCUAUAGCAAUGGCCUGGGUGUGCCCCAGGACUAUACGAAGGCAGCCGAGUGGUAUCAAAUGGCCGCUGACCAAGGAUACGCCUCCGCCAAGACAGCAUUGGAGAACAUGAGGAAAAACUGCCAUAUUGUUGUUUAG